GGGAAAUCUAGAAGAGGGGCAGACACAGAAUCACGAAGAGACAGAAUGGAGGAUUCAGGGUCGAUUCUCUGCCAAAUCUCAUGUCUCAAGGACAUGCUCGAUCAGGUCAACGAAGAAAUCGAAGCCAACAUCCAAAUAACGCGAGAGAUUGAAUCAGAGAUCGUAAGGUGCGAGGAGAUCGAGAGUGGUUUGGUGGUCAGAGAAUCCGAGUUAACUAAGACGCUUUUCACGUCUCACUUCGAGAUCACCGGCUUGCUGUCCGUUACCGGUGUUUGGAGGAACUCGGUGAAACUCAUGGAGGAGCAGUUAUGUGAUUUGAGAACGAAGCGGGAUGGAUUGCGUAAAAGAAUUGAGGAAAAGAGGGAAAAGUUUACCAUGCUCUGCCGAGAAUUUCAGAGGAGCAUUGACAAAGGAGAAAAUGAUGAACUGAUCGCUUUGUUGGCCGAAAGGGAGUUUCUUGAAAGUGAAAUUCAUCUCUUGGAUAAGAAAAAUAACUGUUUGAGAAAUUCAAUGUCAGCAUUUGUCGAGGAAGUUCUUGGGGAUCUUUACAGUUCUAGCAAUGACAUGCAUAACAACGCUAACCCCAUCUGCACUUGAUAGUUGAUACAUUUGCUACGGUUAUAAUAUAGUUUCAAAUUUAAAGCUUUAGAUGUUGAGAUACAGAGUUGGAAUGAAGAGAAUGAGAAAUUACUGAAGGACAUUCAGGAUUUGAAUAGAACAUUGGUGUCAACAGCAGUUAGUGUAUGACAAUCUUCAAAUGGUCUGGCUUCAUGAAAAUUUUUGGUGCUUACCGGCCAUGGGGAGAGGAGUGUCACAAGCCUUCAAUUAAGUAGGUGGGGACUAUAAAUUGAAAGAGUAAAGAUACAAUGUCAUUACCGUGCAGAUUAGAAAAGUCUAGUUUCUCUCGUAUAAAUAAUACAGACAAUUUAGUUCA